AUGAGGCUAACAGGGCCUUCAGCAGCUGUUCUGACAGCUUCGAACCUCCUUGAUGCAUCUCCCUCAUCUCACUGUUCAAGCAGGCAACUCUCAGAUCUUGAUGUAUUCGGUGCCAAGAUUUUAGCCGUAGAUGCCUCUCCGCUGCAAAACUAUACCGCGGCCACGGAUGCAGGUACCUGGUCGGGUCUCGAUAUUUGCAAUGUCACAGUCACAUACACCCACCCCGGUCGAAACGAUACGGUUCAUGUGGACGUCUGGCUUCCACUAGGGGACUGGAAUGGCCGCUUUCAAGGCGCUGGGGGAGGCGGCUGGCGUAUGGGUCCUUCAAUUGACAAGCUCGCAUCCGCAGUUUCCCAAGGCUUCUCAGUUGCUCGAACCGACGGGGGUCACGACCUCAAUACCAGAUCUGACCCUGAGUGGUGGGCAUUGGACAGCCCUGGGAAUGUUGAUCUCAGUCUUCUGCAGAACUUUGCCUCGCUAGCGCUGAACGACCUUGCCAACAUCGGCAAGCAGAUCACGGCCAACUUCUAUGGCACUCCCGCCAAGAAGUCCUAUUGGAAUGGCUGUAGCACUGGUGGAAGGCAAGGUAUUAUGCUUGCACAGAGAUACCCUGAUGCUUUCGACGGAGUACUGGCAAUAGCUCCUGCCAUCAACUGGGCGCAUUUUCUUGUUGCAAUGUACUGGCCGCAGCAAGUCAUGAACCAACUGGGAUAUUACCCGCCGCCUUGCGUUCUCGAAGCAAUCAAUCAAUUUGCCAUCGAGGCUUGCGACACUCUUGACGGUGUGGCCGACGGUAUUAUCUCUGAUCCCAGAGUCUGCGACUUCGAUGCUACGACCGCAGUAGGGAAAUCUGUUAGCUGCAAUGGAACCCAAGUAUCGAUCAGCAAAGAAGUCGCAAUCAUCGCCAAUGCCACAUGGUCUGGUGCCCGGGAUCCUUCUGGUAGAUACAAUUGGUACGGUCUAGCGAAGGGCACACCCUUCUACAAUGCCUCCGCUACCGAUGGCCUCGUCGGCACAGACUGCACUGACAGUAGCGCCUCCUCCUGCAGUGGUGCUCCAUCCUCUUACUCUCGUGACUGGAUCAAAUACUUCAUCUACAAAGAUCCAAAUUUCUCAGUCGAAAAUAUGACCGAUGCCGAAUUCUUCGCCACUAUGCACAAAUCUGUCCAAGAAUACGAGAGUGUCAUUAGCGCUUCAGACCCGGACCUUUCGUCUUUCAAGAAACGCGGUGGCAAGAUGAUCACCUGGCAUGGGCUCAGUGAUCAGUUGAUCUUUCCGGGUGGAACUGUUGAGUAUUAUGAAAAGGUACGAAAGUUAGAUCCGGCUGUGAAGGACUUCUAUCGAUUCUUUGAAGCGCCUGGUGUCGAGCAUUGUUCUGGUGGGAUCGGCCCUUUGCCGAGUGGUGCGCUUUCUGAUCUGAUAAGAUGGGUUGAAGAGGAGGAAGUACCAGAGACGCUGUUGGCAGUGGAUCAAAAUGGGGCAGAGAUGAGGCGAAGAUUGUGUCUGUGGCCUAAGAAGCAGGAAUAUGUCGGAGGUGAUCCAGAUCAGGAGGAAAGCUUCACUUGCGUAUAA